AUGCCCAUGCGCUGGACCAGUGAGAAUGACCAGCUUCUUCUUCUGAAGAUUCUGGAGACCCAUGAGCUCUCGGUCGACUCCAACAAGGUCGCAGCAGCCUGGCCCGGAACUGACCCCAAUGAAAGACCUACUCCCCGCGCUAUCCGCGAGCGUCUUGUGAAGAUGCGACAGAUCGUCAAGGCAUCCGGCAGUGAUGGUUUCAGUAUUGGCGGCAACACCGCUGGCAAUACUCCCACGCCCAAGAAGACUCGCAAGAAUACCACUCCUGCCAAGACCCCUGCUUCUGGUAAACGCAAGCGUGGCGGAAAGGCUGGUCUUGCAGUUGGCGAAAACGGAGACCUCGCUCCCGAGUAUGGCGGCAACACCAAACAGGACGUCAAGCAUGAGUCGGAUGAUGACGAGAUUGACACGCCGACUAAGAAGAUGCCUUUGCAGCCCGGCUUUACCACUAACCAGCCCGCGAUGUGUGCCAUCCUAGUCAAGUCGGAGGCGGAUGACGACGAUGUGUUUUCCGCUGGCGUGGAUGAUACUCCCUCCAAGCGCUCGCGCAGAGUGAGUGCUCUUCCUCGUGGUAUGGUGAAGUACGAAGACGACGAGGACCAGCCGAACAAUGGAUAUGAGAGCUCUUCUUCUGAGUUUCUACCAGAGGGGUCGGCCGUUCAUGGUGAGGAUCUCGAUAUGCAGGGAUAUGCUUGA